ACACACCCGUGCACCACAUGGUGGUAGUAGAUAAAAAUUUUCCCGGAACAUCGAAUACUUUUCUUCUCAUACAAAAUGGGUAAAUCUUCUAAAGGAAAAGGAGGCAAAAACAGAAGAAAGGGAAAGAACGUGAACGGUGGUCAGAAAAGAGAGUUGAUCCACAAGGAUGAGGGCCAAGAAUACGCCCAAAUUACCAAGAUGUUGGGAAAUGGUAGACUUGAGGUUUCCUGUUUUGAUGGUAUCAAGAGAAUGGGCCACAUUAGAGGAAAAUUGAGAAAGAAGGUGUGGAUGGGUCAAGGUGACAUCAUCUUGGUGUCGUUGAGAGAUUUCCAGGAUGACCAGUGUGAUGUGGUGCAUAAGUACAACUCUGACGAGGCCAGAACCUUGAAGAACAUUGGGGAGUUGCCUGAGUCCGCCAAGAUCAACGAGACCGACACCUUUGGUGCAGAUGACGACGAGGAGGUCAACUUCGAGUUCGGAGAAGACGACGAUGAUGAUGAGGAAGACGACGAGUUGGACAUCGACGACAUUUAG